AUGGCGAGGACAUCCCGCCAUGUUAGACGUGCUCUUGCAAAAACGACUCCAUUAUUUUUUAAAGGCGUCAAUGCGCAGAUGAACACAACUGAUGUUCAUAAAAAUGUGCUAAAACAAACACAUCAACACCACUUCAACAUACAGAAUCCUGUAAUUGGACACAAAAAUGCACACUUUAACAAUCGAAAUGAAGUGAAAAAAUGUCAUCCAAAACGUGAAGCCACAGACAAAAACAGAGAUAUUGAGAUAUUUUCAAUCUGUAGGUUCUACCCACUCACAGAUUGUACAUGGAGGGAGAGUUGCAUUAAUGGAUCGACUUUGGAAUCAUUUGAUGAUGCCGGUGCAGAUGAGUGGAGAAAAAUGAACUUGAAAAAUAAUUGA